AUGUCCGACGAAAUAGAAAGUGCCAAAAGUCAAAGAACAAGUGCUAAGAGCAAAUUUACUAGGGAGUUAAAGGAAUUUCUAAGAGCAGUUGCUGAAGAUAAGGGACUUGAGAUUGUAGAUAGAACCUAUGCAGAGCUAAAAGAAUCGUGGAAAAAUGUGGAAAGCAAACACGAUAUGUAUGUUGCACUCAUCGAAGAUAAGGACUGCGAGCACGAAGAGACUUGGAUUGAGGAGCUGCAAAGGAGCUUUGGUGAUGCAAUGGAAAAGGAGGUAAGCUAUGUCCAAAGUAAAGCAGCAGCUGGUAAAAAGGCUAUGGAUGAAGAAAGACUUCAAGAGACAACUAAGAAAGACCAGGAAAAAAUGGAAAAGAUGGUUCAGCAGAUGACAAUAAAGAGGAAAACUAGUGAAAUUGUUUUUCAGCAGUUAGUAGAGGAUGUGAAACCAGUACUGGAAAUGGAUUUUAUUACGGCUGCUCUAAAAAAGGCUCAGGAAGGAUUAGAUGCAGCAGUGGCCGACUGCAAGGAAGCUAAUGAUAAAUACCUUGAAUUGCUCGAUAAGGACAAAGCAGAUGCAGAAUUUAAUUGGAUGAAAAAUAUUCAAAAGGAGUAUAAUGCCAUAACAUCAAGAAUUGCAGUCGGUAUCGCGAAGGAACAGGAGAAACUAAAGAAGCUAGAAUCGACAAGUAAAAGUAAGGAAUCGUGUAACCUCAGAUUGGAAAAACUGAAAAUGCCAACAUUUGACGGUGAUAUUAGACAAUAUCCACGCUUUAAGAAAGACUUCGAGCAGCAAGUAUUACCUGGACUGCCUAAAGAGUCUGCACCUUAUGCCUUGAGAUCAUGUCUCGGCAGAGAACCUCUCAGUAUUGUAAGAAGUGUAGAGGACGACAUAGAAGAGAUGUUAAAGCGUUUAGAUGAAAAGUAUGGGGAUCCAGCGAAGAUUGCGGACGUAGUUAUUGAGAGCAUUAAAGAGGUAAAAGUCAUAAAAGAAGGAGAACAUAAGAGAUUUAUCAACUUUGUUAAUAUUGUAGAAGAUGCUUAUCAAGAUUUGCGAAGACUCGGUCUAGAAAAGGAGAUCACUACUACUAGCUCUGUGAGCAUAAUAGAGAAGAAAUUGCCAAACGAUGUGCGAAAGGAGUGGGCCAAGCUAGUCAGCUUUGAUACAAGCGAAGUCGACAAGAGAGAUAAAUUUCCAAGCCUCCUGAAAUUUCUGCUUAAUUGUAAGAGAGCAAUUGAGUAUGAUUCCAGCAACUUACGAAGCAAUACUUCAUAUGCUGGAACAGUCAACCUUACUGCGAGUGAGAAAUUAGAGGAAGAUGGCCAUGAGGAUGAAAGUAAUACGGAGCAGCAGAAGGAAACCGGUAUCUCACAAAACAAGUGCCUAUUUCAUCCCAAUAGUGAUCAUUGGACCGAUACAUGUAACCUUUACCUUUCCAAGUCGCCUGAAGAGAGAAUUAACCUGCUCAAGGACAAGUCAGCGUGUUGGUCAUGCCUGAGAGUUGGUCAUCGACUAGCGGAAUGCAAGAGAAAGAAAGCCUGCGGUGAAAAUGGAUGCAAAGGGACACAUCACAAAACUAUUCACAUGGAACGAAAGAGUGGCUUUGCCGCUGCUUGUGGUGAUUUGACCAACAGUACUUGCCUCUUACAGAUCCAAAGAAUCAAAACCAGCGAAGGGUCGACCAACGUCUUGUGGGACAGUGCAGCAUCUAUUUGUCUUAUCACGUACAGUAAAGCUAAAGAAGAGAAACUGCAUGGCAAACAAGUUCAACUGUCGAUCACCAAGGUGGGUGGAAUAGAUGAGAAGCUUACAUCGCACCUGUACCGGGUCCCUCUGGUAAACCAAUACGGCAAAACUGUGUUUAUCAAAGCUUACGGGAUAGAAAGAAUCGCAUCGGACAUCCAAGCUGUCAAUCUUGAUGGUGUUGUUCAUUUGUUCAAGGGCGUUAGUGCCGAAGAAGUCGCAAGACCGACUGGACCAGUCGACCUACUGAUUGGCUACGAGUAUGCAGGGUUUCAUCCACAGCUAGAAAGAAGAAACGGACAUCUUCUGCUACUGAAAAACCAGUUUGGAAAAUGCAUUGGUGGCAAACACCCAAGCAUCAAAGAAACUCACCAAACCAGUGCGUUGACUAGUGCCCGAGCCUAUCAUGUCAAUGCCAUUAAUGUUGAGGACAUCUACAACAUUGAAGGUUUGGGGGUAGCUUGUUCACCAUGCUGUGGAGGUUGUAAAUGUGGAAAGUGUCCAAAGGGAAGCAAUGAUUACACCCUCAAAGAAGAGAGAGAACUGAAGCUGAUCGAAAGCAAAUUGACGUUUGACGACGAAGAGAAGAAAUGGACCGCAGAAUACCAGUGGAUAAGAAAUCCGCAAGAAUUACCUGACAACAGAAGGGCAGCAAUGAGAGAUGCGAAUGAAGAAGAGCUAAAUAGUGAAAUUGAACAAAACAAUGAAAUAACAAGUGAUGUUGAAGAAAGACAAGUGGACGAGGAAAGACCACACGUUGGUCAAGCUCAUGAAAGUCAUGAAUCAAGAGAAGUGGAGGAAACACAGAGACUUGUUAAAGUGAACGGUGAAGGGAGUCGAUCAAGUGAGAGAAACGAAAUCCCGAGAAGACAAGCAAAGAGAGUUGUUGAACCGAGCAACACUACGAGACAAAUAGUUAUGCGAGUUGGUGAGAAGAGGAAAGGCAGUCCUGAUGUACAACCUCUUGGUGGAAAGAGAAAAGACACGGAUGGACGGAACGAACAAAAGAAUGUUGUUGAUAAAAAAGAAACUGCAGCGAGAGAUGUUAUUGCAAGGCAGGACAUUGAGACAAGGAAGAAUGAUGUGAGGGUACGAAACAAGCGGAGAAUUGUUCGGGCAGUCGGUGACACAAACCUCGCUGCGGAACGCAACAUCGGUGCAACGAGUGACUUUCUUAUUACGAAAGUCAUCAGAGCAAAGAAUGAUGGUGGUGCAAGAAAUUAUGAAAAGGCGAAGGAAAAUUCUGGCACCAGAAUGAGCGCUGAGCAGAGAAAUGAGGGUGAUAUGACCAGCAACACAACAGAGAUCACAAGGAAAGAUUUUGCUGCCCACAAUAAUAGUGACUCCAAGGAAGAUGCUGGCAGUGUACUCAGUGGCGAAGAAAGUGACAACAGUAACACCACGCAUGUUCACAUAAGGAAUGGCGACAUGCGAAAUUCUGAUGCAAGAAAGAGUCAUGAAGGUGGUGGGAAAACCUUGACGGACACAUCAAGAAGCAAUGAAGCCUCGAACAAGGCAACUCGCAAGAGUUUGGAAGGGAAACCAUUCAUUUUCCUCGUGUGUGAUAAAGGACACUCUAGUAGAAAUGGUUUAAAACAUCAUUAUAAGACACAUCAGAAUGGCAAUGAGAACAAAACGCAUUUGUAUUACUGCCAUGAAUGUAAGGAAGGUUUUGAGACGAAGAGAAAGUUCUGGUUGCAUGAUGUGAAAGUUCAUGGACUUAUUGAAACGUCGUCGGAUGAAAGUGAUUCAGAAAUGGUUGCAGGGCAUGAAGAGAGAGUUGGAAGCACGCGGAUAAGCAUGACAGACACAAGGACUGAUGUAAGGAGUGGUGGAGAUGUAAGAGGUGCUAGGAUAGACUGGAGACUUGGUAGGGUCCCAAAAUUUAAGCUCGGAAACGAUAGAAAGGUUAGGAACGUCGAAGUUCAGUACAAGAAUUCAAAGAGUGGAGAACCCAUCAAUAAAUAUAGUGGUCAAGAUUAUGUCACAGUUGAACCGAUUAGUGGUAAUUCUGCCUGCUGA